AACUUUUGAAGUGAUGAGGAAAUGGCCAUUGUUUGCCGGACCCUGCUCUCGUAUUCGCAGCUCCGUCGCCCUCCUCGGAAUCAGAUGCUCUCCAUUGUUCCCACUCUGUCCUUCUCAAACUGCCCUCCCAAGUUGCACAAAUUCACCAAACUGCCACCUUUCUAUACCUCUUUGAAGCUCUCCACCGACCCAUUAGAGCUCAGAACUUUAUUAGCAUCUUCGUCAUCGUCGUCGUCGUCAUCAUCCAUGGAGUCUCCCCCUGAAGGUUACAGAAGAAACGUGGGUAUCUGUCUCAUCAACCCAUCUAAGAAGGUACGGUGUUUCUACUCUUUAGUUUCCCAUCGAGAACUAGAGGCCGCAUUGGAAUCACUCGUCUGCCAAUCCUGAAAUUUGCAAACUGUGUAGAUAUUUGCUGCUUCAAGACUGGACAUACCGGAUUCUUGGCAGAUGCCACAGGUGAAUUUCCGAUCCCAUUUCUCUACAAUCUUUGGUGGUUAAAUUUUUUUGCUCGGCCUUGUGGUUUGUAUAGCCUUCUGCAUUACUCUUUUAUCUCGGGCCAAGUUCCUUACACUGAUGUUUCAGCUGAUUGUAAGCUGCUGCCAUAACCUGAAAUGUCGUUGGUAGGCACUAGCCAUUAGCUACAUCAUUAGAUAACUAGAGGAGCCAUUGUGCAAGUUCAGUACGAAUGAUUGAGAAUGCUUCCUCCUCCUGGUUUUGUCCAACAGAGGUGUCAAUUUGAGAUAUUGUAGGGGAACUUUUGAGAGGAGAGGACUCAAGCAGUCAGGUACUUCGAUUAGUUUCGCCCCGAAAGUCUUAGAUGUUGUGGGUUUACUUCAUCUGUAGCAAUCAUUGGUUCUCCCAAUCAUAAUAGAAGAACCUGCAUCUCAUUGAAGGUGAGACUGAGGUACUGAUUCUUUCUGUAAGUUGUGCGAUUUUCGGAAGUGGCACUGGACCAAUGCCUACACUAUAUUGUGAAAAGACAACUUCUGUUUGUUGCCAGAUUAUGAAUCAUAUAGUUGCUAGAAAGGAAUCACUUGUUAGAAAAAUUUUGCCUGUAGAAGGUUUGGAGUUAGAUGAUCACGAUUCAUACCGACUCCUUGUAUUGUGAAUUUGCUGGUGUGUUUUCACAGCGAAGGUAUAAGGCAGUGGAAAUGCAGAGGGGGAAAUGUGACAUUCUCUUCUUGAUGGUUAAUUUGAGAACAAACUUUCACUUAUGACAUAUACAUAUGCCAGAAUCUCAUUUCUUCUGAGUGACCAUGGUCCUGCACUGUCCUUUUUAUUUCAUGUACAGCUAACUUGCUGAUUGGUUAUACUGCUUUACUUAGCUCUCGUUGCUGCAUCUAUCGGUUUCUGUCGUGUUAUUCUUAACAACACUUGUGGCAGGGUUGCAUUGACGACAGCGAAGAUCCAAAAGCUGCUGCUCUCCGUGAACUAAAAGAAGAGACGGGAGUCAUCUCUGCAGAGAUCCUUGCAGAGGUUUUUUCCAUUUAUACAUAAUGCUGCUUUCGACCCUUGGUGUGAUCCAUUAUAGUUUUGACUCCAAUGAAUGUCAGUGCUGUUUGUAACUUGAUUAGCGUCCCGUUUAACAAGCCUGAUUCCAAUACGAAGGUUGCACUUGAUCAUAUAUAUAUUAACAUGGGCAUCAACAUUGCAAUCUUAUGGUUUUGUUGCAUAAUGAGAUCGUGCCUAAACAAGGUUUAAGACUGUGGUAUCAUGAUUGUCUCAUUGUUGCAGGCACCCCUUUGGGUGACAUACGACUUCCCUCCACAUGUCAGGGAAAAGCUUAAACAACAAUGGGGAACUGACUGGAAAGGUCAAGCACAAAAGUGGUGAGUGCAGGCUGCAGGGUUAAUAAAACAGCUUGUAUUGCUUCUUAAUCGUGACUCGUGAGUCUCGACUCCAACCUCAUCCCACGUCUUAAACUACUUGCUCGAAAACGCUUGCAGGUUUCUGCUCAAGUUCACUGGGAAGGAAGAGGAGGAGAUCAAUCUGUUGGGUGACGGCAGUGAGAAACCGGAGUUUGGGGAAUGGUCGUGGAUGUCAGCUGACGAAGUAAUCGAUCGCGUGAGUUAUAUCACGUAGUUCGCGCGAGCUAUGGAAUCGAAACCAUGAUUUUGAUCCAGUGGUUCUCUUUUCUUACAACUCACACAACUUCCCUUCCCGCUGCUGGUGUUCAUGUCUCAAAAUGCAGGCGGUAGAUUUCAAGAAGCCAGUCUACAAGGAAGUGUUCUCAGCCUUCCACCCUCACCUUCAGUAAACACAGGAAUGGCUUUUCGCUUCGCAACUACGGCCGAGAUUCAUCUUCAACUCACACUCACGUACAUUUCCUUUCAAUGUCACCAUGAAUUACAGGAAGUGCCGUGUAAAAAUUCUUAAAUUCUAGGUAAGGUGGGUUUGUUGUUUGAUGGUGACUGUUGUGUGAUGAUGCGAGGGCACGCUGAGAAGGUGUUCGAUGAAAUGCCUGAAAGAGACGGUUUCUGUUUCGGUUGGACUACCGCCAUUGCUGUAAACCUCCAUUCUCCCGGGUUCGGAUUGUUAUCGGCGGCGGGCGAUUCUCCGUAUUGAUUCCUUUUAUAUAUUUUUAAUGGUGGGCGGCGGAGAAAACGAGAGAAUGGAGGAGAGAGAUAAUAACAAAAGGAACGUUCUCUUGUCUUCUUCUCAAAACGUACGUAACGCUCUUGUCUUCUUCUCCGAAAUAAAUAGCGAUUUGAACUUUGAAGGUCCACAAACUCCACUACAAAAAAAAAAAAUCACGGCAGCCAUGAACAGCAGCGGCACAGGUUCGAAGCUAGAUUCUCCGGCCGCUCCUCCGGCUAAUCCUCUCCCGUGGAGGACGCGCCUCGCAGUCUCCGUCGUCUCCGCGCUCUCCGAUCUCGGCCGCCGCCACGACGGCACGGUCAAUCGCCGCCUCCUCAGCUUCCUCGAUCUCAAGUGCCCUGCCUCCACCACUCCGAUCCAAUCCGUCGUCUCCUCCGACGUCACCGUCGACGCCUCCCGCAACUUGUGGUUCCGCGUCUACGCUCCCGCCACAUCCGCCGCCGCCACAGGCGGCGGCGGCCUCCCGGUCCUCGUCUUCUUCCACGGCGGCGGAUUCGCCUUCCUCAGCGCCGCCAGCGUCGGCUACGACCUAGUCUGCCGUCGAUUCGCGCGGAGCCUCCCCGCGAUCGUGGUCUCCGUGAACUACCGGCUCACGCCGGAGCAUCGAUUCCCCUGCCAGUACGACGACGGAUUCGACGUCCUCCGAUUCCUCGACGGCGACGGCGGGGCGUUGCCGGAGAACGCCGACAUCGGGAAGUGCUUUCUGGCCGGGGACAGCGCCGGGGCGAACAUAGCGCACCACGUCGCGGUUCGGGCGGGCGGGUCGGGUUUCCGGAGGCUCCGGGUCCUGGGGCAGGUAUCCAUACAGCCUUUCUUCGGAGGGGAAGAGAGGUCGGAAUCGGAGAUCCGAUUCCGCAGCAACUCGGUGCUGGUUUCGCUUGACCGGACCGAUUGGUUGUGGAAGGCGUUCCUGCCGGACGGGUCGACCCGGGACCACCACGCGGCGAACGUGACCGGGUCGGAUAUUUCCGGCAAGGAGUACCCGGAGACUGUGGUGAUCGUCGGCGGGCUGGACCCGCUGCAGGACUGGCAGCGGAGGUACUACGAGUGGCUGAAGCGGUCGGGGAAGGAAGCGACGCUGGUCGAGUACCCGAAUAUGAUCCACGCGUUCUACAUGUUCCCCGAGCUGCCGGAAUCCGCCGAGGUUUUCGCACAGGUGAGGGAUUUCGUUGCCCGGAAGUCCGCCGGCUGAAGUGCCGUGUAAAAAAUUGUGGUGGGAUGUGUUGGUCGGAAAUACCCUUUUGUUGUUUAGUGGUGACUGGUGUGGAGGGCAAUGCCGACAAGUUGUUCGAUAAAAUGCUUGAAAGAGAUUUUUAUUGUGUUGGUUGGAAUACCGGCAUUUGUUGUGUUGUUUCUUUCUCCGUUCGAUUUUUUUUUCCUGCAGAUCAAUUGCCGUUACGCGGUGUCUGCUCCGACGAAACCAGGGGCGGUAGCCGGAGAAACUUCCGUUCACUAACGUACUGGAUUUUGCAUAUUUGUUGGAAGGUCCAGGAUUUAGGUCACGAUUUCUGUGCUGGAUGUGGUCCAGUUUAGCUAGUGGUUGCUGCGGAUUGGGACGUCUCGCAAUUUUGCCAUGAAUGGGUCUGCUACUAAGGAAUCAUUAUGGCUAUCUCGAACAUGAUGAAAUGAUUGAAAGAUACGGAAAUAGUGCAUAAAAAUAAACAUCUUAGGAAGAAAGUUUAUUUGUGUGCAGGAAACGAAACGCUUAUAAUAGGCAUCCAACUUUAUGCAUUGAUAACUUGGAAGUAUUUGAAGUAUAACUAUUGUUUUGGAUGGUUUCACAGUUUCUGAGUAGUAGUAGGGAUGGCAAUUUUGAUUUGAUCCGUUUUACCCGCAUUAUUUGGCCUGUUUUGAGGUGGGUCCGACCUGUUCCGUAGACGGGGUGGGUGUGUGUACUCUCAUCGACCCGAUCUGUCCUGACCCGAUUCAUUCUCGAUCCGUUUUUUGCCUAAAUUACAUGUAAUUUAGCUAUAAUAAAGUUGUAAAUUAGUGAAACCCUCAAUUUUUCUAAUAAUUUAACUACAUUUAUCAUAAUAUUGUUUGUUUUCUUGGCUCUAUAAUAAAAAUAACAAAUAUUGCUAAUGUUUUUCAUAUAAACUGCAUACCCAUUGGGUCGAUCUGCCCCGACCUGCGACCCGUGAUAAAUUACGGACCUGCCCCAUUGUCAUUCCUACGGAGUAGUUUUGUUUGUAUAAUUCUUGUACUCUCUUUAUUUCACUCGAAAAUAAAAAAUAAAAACUUGAAAUUUUUGAAGUCCAAUUAAAUCAAAAUCCCAACAAAGAAUUUUUUGUUUGUUUGAAAGGUAUGUUCAUUGAGAAUGCGAACGACGCGAAACCCAACCAGAAGGAAAAGUAAAAAAAAGUGAUUGUUUGUGAAAACCAAAUUAGAGAGGCCCAAAAUAUGUGGGCUAGCUCCUAAUAGGGCCUAGAUCCGGGCCAAACCAAGAAAAGGCUUUCGAAGCUCUAGCCACUCAUCUGCCCCCUCUGGAUCCUCCACCACCGCGGCCGAAAACCACCAUUGUUGUUUGGCCACCCAACCGACGUCGACGUCGCCGUCAUGCACCAAAAGAGGGGAUUGAUUCCCGCCGUACCAGUGGUGGAGGGAGAAUAUAAGAGGGUGGGUCCUGGUUUGGAUGGAAUAUGAUUAAAUUAAGUACAAUAAUUAGUCGAUACAAAAAAUUAAGGGCGUCUUAUCGAGAAUAGUUUAUCGAAACGUGUUGUGUUUGAAUCUUUGCGACAUCAUUUCUUAAGCACCUGGUAUUUCGAUUUAUUGAUAUUAAACGAUUCUUAACAAAGAACAUCAUUUUGAAAACGAACGACUAAUUAAAUCAUGAAUUAUUAUUUUGUGUAAGAUUCAUUAUUAUACUUCUCUCAAAAACUUGAGUUGUUGAUACUAAAUUGUUCUUUACAAAGAACGUCAUUCGAAGAGUACAUCUAACUAAAUCAUUAAUAAUUAUUUGGUACAAAUGGUGAUAUAUAUGAUAGUUUCGACUACUAUCGUAUUUUAAUUUACCAAAAAUUUUCAAUAUAAAAUUAUAUCAUGAAUGAUUAGCAAAGUUAACAAAAACUAUUUUAUCAU